AUGGGCAACCACGAAGUUGGGAUUGUCUCUGAUGAGGGGCAUGUCUCUGAGAUAGACAAGGCCGACAUUGCGGUUGGUCGCGAGCACCUGCAUAGCACCCUAGCUCCUCACGAGUCGUACGAAGGAGCACAUCGUUUCGACCCAUUGGCAGAGUGGACGGCUGCCGAAGAGAGGGCCGUUGUCAGAAAGACGGAUCUCCGACUCUUGACCUGGCUAUGUUUCUUUGGCCUUCAACUUGACCGUGGCAACUUGAGCAAUGCCUUGGCAGAUGAUCUCCUGGGUGACCUUGGGCUCACCACCGAUGACUACAACAACGGAACCACCAUUCAACUAGUCUGCUUCCUGGCUGCAGAGUUUCCGGUUCAGUUCCUGACGAAGAGAUAUGGAUUCAAAUAUAUGAUGUGCGGAUGGGGCCUUGUGUCGACCUUCCAGGCCUUCAUGACAGGAAGGGCCUCAUUCUAUGUAACCCGUGCCUUUAUCGGCCUGUUUGAAGGCGGCUUUAUUCCCGGUGUCAUCCUCAUGGCCACCUACUUUUACACCUCGAAAGAGCUGUCUAUUCGUCUCUCUGCAUUCUGGUCCACUCUCAACGUGGCGCGGGUCAUCUCGGCCCUGCUGGCCGCCGGAUUCCUAGAGAUGCGCGGAGUCAAUGGCCGUUCAGGCUGGUUCUGGCUCCUACUCUUAGAAGGCCUGCUCACCAUGGUCAUUGGCAUCGUGUCCUUCCUGUACCUGCCAAAGUGCCCUACCGACACCAAGUCAGUUCUCUGCCCGAGUCCUUGGUACACGGAGCGACAAGAAGUCAUCAUGAUCAACCGCAUCCUACGAGACGACCCGUCCAAGGGCUUGACAGCUCUCAAAGAGCCGGCAACCUUGGCUGACGUCAAGGCGGCCUGGUCUGACAAGUCGCUUUGGGGCUUGUAUUUGGUGGGCCUCGUUGCGUACAUCCCGGCGACUCCAGUGCAAGCGUACCUGACUCUCACGCUGAAGAGAGUUGGCAAGUUUAGCACCCUCGCUAGCAACCUGCUGACGGCACCUUCGGCGGCACUCCAGAUCGUCACCAUGCUUGCUCUUUCGUACAGCUCCGAAUAUUUUAAUGAGCGCGCUUUCCACUGCCUAUUUGGAGAGCUGUGGUGCAUCCCUCUCUUCACUGCGUUGCUCACGAUCCCGGAUGGUGGUCGCGAAUGGGGACGCUUCGCAACCAUCACUCUCAUCUCGGGUUAUCCAUACUUUCACCCAAUUGUGAGCAGUUGGAUUUCAGAGAACUCUUUUGACGUCAAGAAGCGUGCCAUAGCGGCGGCGACAUACAAUGUCAUUGUACAGAUAGGGAGCCUCAUCGGAAGCCAAAUCUACAGGUCUUGGGAUGCUCCUUACUACAAAAACGGCAACAAGGUGUGCAUAUCGAUAUUGUCACUGGCCAUAGUUGUGCUUUUCGUUCAGCGGCAGCUUCUCAUCCAUCUAAACCACAAGAAGGAGAAGACGUGGAACGCAAUGUCGCCAGAGGAAAAGAUUGCAUACCAAACCAAUCAAGAAGACAGAGAGAAGGAUGGAAACAAGCGGUUGGAUUUCAAGUUUGCAUUCUAG